CACGGUGACAGGACAGCAGCUCAUAUUCACACGAGACACUACAGAGCAUCUCAUUCUAACAAAAUGUGCCGAGGACUGGAAUCCCUGCCAUCAGCAUGUCUGGAGAGAGCUAAACUACUGAAGGCUCGUUUGGGAAGUCUUCUCCAUAAAAAGCACACGGGUCAAGUUGGACAGAAGACCGAGAUGCCAAGACAGGUGUCUGCUGCCUCAUUAAGGUGGAGGGAAUCUUUCCAAGAGCUUCUACAAAACAAACAAAGUCUGUGUGCCUUCCGGGCAUUCCUGAAAUCAGAGUACAGUGAGGAGAACCUGGCUUUCUACCUGGCCUGCGAGGACUACACCAACACGACAUCCUCCAACAUGCUGGAUGCAAAAGCUAAGAAGAUUUACGAUGAAUUCAUUGUCUGCGAUGCCCCAAGAGAGGUUAACCUCGACCACGAGACUAAAAUCAUCACUGUGAAGAACAUAGAAAAUCCCACCACCUGCUGCUUCGACCUGGCCAGGAGCAAGAUCUAUGCCCUGAUGGAGAAAGACUGCUACCCACGUUUCCUCAAGUCUGCAGCCUGCCAGGAUCUUAGCCGCCAGCUGGCUGGCUAGUUCUGCCUGCAUUAGGCACUGUGGCAUAAGGAAUCAGAGAAGCACAACACAUUGGUAAAUGUGAUAUAAGCAAAAGCUACCUUCUUAACUGGAACCCGAUCAGGAUGGGGCAAUCUCACCAGCCUGUGAUGCUGCUGAGAGGGAGGCACACACUGUAAACCUCAGAAAUCAGGAGAUCACUAGAGCUGAGUUUGAUGUAGGAGAUCAGUUCAGCACUAGUUGAGGGAGGGAGGAACUGCACACCUGGAGGCACUGGAAAAGCACCUGGAAAAAUAAACUGAGUACUAGUGCCGCUGAUGGUGAUGAUGAUGGUGAUGGUGAUGAUGAUGGAGAUGGUGAUGAGGAGGAUGAUGGUGAUGAUGAUGAUGGUGGUGAUGGUGGUUAUGAUCAUAACCAUGUGGGCAACAGAGCGGUGGCCUCCUGGACAGAGUGAGGGACUCUUGAACUAACCUGAAGAAUGGAACAGCUGCACCUCGUCUAUUUAUUGACUUGCUGUACAUGAAAUGACUAUUUAUUAUUGAUCUUUGAUAGAAUGUGGUAUUUAUUGUGACUAUUUAUGGGCCUCAAAAUGUAGGCCUACUUCUGUUUUUCUCAACU